UUUCAAUUGCUGCAAAUAGUUCUAAUAAAACAAAAGAACUAUUCUAUUCUAGAAUUGUGUAUGGACGAAAUAUUAUUCUUUUUGUUAAGAAAGAAAUUUUUAGUUGACUAUGUGUGGUAUAUUUGCUUAUCUGAACCAUCUGACUCCCAGGACAAGAAAAGAGAUUUUAGACCUUCUUAUUAAAGGACUACAGAGAUUAGAAUACCGUGGAUAUGACUCUGCUGGGGUUGGGGUGGAUGGACCAACUAGCAAUGCAAAUAUUACGCUUGUGAAAGCAACUGGUAAGGUGAAGCAGCUUGAGGAGAAGAUUUUGGAAAAUAAAGAGUUUCUGAACUUUGAUGGGGUUCACACUGUACACGUCGGGAUUGCACACACUAGAUGGGCAACCCACGGUGCUCCUUCUGAUGUAAACUGCCAUCCUCAGCGCUCAGGGGAAAACAACGAAUUUGUAGUUGUGCACAAUGGUAUCAUCACUAACUACAAGGACAUCAAGCAGUUCCUCAUCAGCAAGGGGAUGAUGUUCGAAUCUGAGACAGAUACAGAGAUCAUUGCAAAGCUCAUCAAACUUAUCAGGAUCCAGAACCCGAAUGAUGGAUUCCGUCAGCUGGUUGAGAAGACAAUUGCCCAGCUUGAAGGUGCAUUUGCUUGUGUGUUCAAGUCCACAAGCUUCCCAGGAGAAUGUGUUGCUACAAGGAGAGGGUCUCCCCUUCUAGUAGGAAUCAAGGCUGAAUCUGCGCUUGAAUCUGACCAUAUCCCGGUUCAAUAUAGUUUGGACGAGGAUCCUAGGAUGGUUAAACACGGAGCAUCAGAGGUUGCUGGAUCUCCUGCUCCGAGGAAAAAGACAUCGGCCAUGUUCAGGGUUGAUGCUGAUCAAACUGAGGAAAUUCAUCCUUCAGAUGGAGACUCAGUCGAAUAUUUCUUCGCAAGUGAUGCCUCUGCUAUCAUUGAGCACACCAACAGGGUCAUCUACCUUGAGGACGACGACGUUGCUGCAUGUAAGCAGGGGGUGCUCAGCAUCCACAGGAUCAACAGGGAAGGAGACUCUUCCAGAGAGAUCACCACUCUGAAGAUGGAGAUUCAGCAGAUCAUGAAGGGGAACUUCUCCAGCUUCAUGCAGAAGGAGAUCUUCGAGCAGCCGGAGUCUGUUGUGAACACAAUGAGGGGAAGGAUUAACUAUGAGCAGGAGACUGUUACUCUUGGUGGGAUUAAAACUUAUGUUCCUGAGAUCAGGAGAUGCAGGCGUCUCCUUAUGAUCGGAUGUGGAACCAGCUACCACUCUGCUAUCGCUACCCGGCAGCUACUGGAAGAGCUGACAGAGCUUCCGGUCAUGAUAGACCUGGCUUCUGAUUUUCUGGAUAGGAAUACGCCCAUUUUCAGGGACGAUGUUUGCUUUUUUAUUUCACAAUCUGGAGAAACUGCUGAUACACUUGGAGCCCUCAGGUAUUGUAAAUCCCGUGGAGCUCUGAUCGUUGGAAUCACCAACACUGUGGGAUCAACCAUCUGCAGAGAAUCCCAUUGCGGCGUGCAUAUCAACGCAGGACCGGAGAUAGGCGUGGCCAGUACCAAGGCGUAUACUUCCCAGAUUCUCUCCCUGGUACUGUUUGCCCUUGUUAUGGCGGAGGAUAGGAUUUCUCUUCAAGCAAGGCGAUCUGAGAUUAUCCAGGGUUUGCGUCAGCUCCCUGACCUGAUUCGUAAAGUAUUGGAUCUAGACGGCAAGGUGCUGACCAUAGCCAAGGAGUUGUAUAAGAAGAGAUCCCUCCUCAUCAUGGGAAGAGGUUUCAACUUUGCAACCUGCCUGGAAGGGGCUCUCAAGGUAAAAGAGUUGACCUACAUGCACAGCGAGGGUAUCCAGUCAGGUGAACUGAAGCAUGGUCCCCUGGCACUGGUGGACAGCACUGUUCCUAUCAUCAUGAUCAUCACCAGGGACUGUGUAUUCACCAAGUGUAUGAAUGCUCUUCAACAGGUGACUGCUAGGGAUGGCCGUCCUAUUCUAAUUUGCGAGGAAGGAGAUACCGAAACAAUGAAGUGGUCUGAACAUGCUCUGGAGAUUCCUCGUACUGUUGAUGCGCUUCAAGGAAUUCUUACGGUCAUUCCUAUGCAGCUGUUAUCCUACCACCUGGCUGUACUAAGAGAGUGCAAUGUGGACUGUCCCCGAAAUCUGGCAAAAUCUGUGACUGUUGAGUAAAUUUAAGAUGGCCGCCGCUGUACGCAAAGAUUAACGCGCAAUUGUUCUCUAAACAAUUCCUCAGCCUUAUUGCGUUUUACGCAAGCAAACGUAUUAAUGCAUUUUUUUGCAUUUGUGUUUUGAUUGAUUUUUAAUUUUUAUACAAUGUAUUUUAAACACAGAGACGUGAUAUUUCUAUAUUUAUUUAUUGAUGACAAAUAAAUUUAUUAAAAUUUAA